AUGAUUCCGCUUCAACUAGACCAAAUGACCAAAUUCGUGCCUGAUUUGCUUCCGAGUGCGCAGUCGUUGCUCGAUAUAACAGAAAGAUCUCAGGGUGAUUUCAAUAGUCUCAGAAAUCACCGAAUGCUCCCCACUGCUGAGACCAUUCCUGCUGCCUCUCCGGUUUCAGUCAAGGGUGAAAUGGAAGGACAUGGACAAAGACGGCUGCGUUCAUUUAUCUGUCUUGUCCCGCUAUGGCCAGCAGAAGUGGUUUUCUGA